AUGUCUAUGCAAUUCGUCGAUAACCUCAGAUUCGAUGAUUCUGAUGAUUCUGAUCUGCUAGAGGGCCCCGAAGAGACCCUACAGGGUCAGGGCCAGGUCAGCAUCGAAGAAACCCAAUUUGCCUUACGACCUGCCGAAACCCGCCAUGCUGCCUCCGAAGAUCCUCCCUCUGCCUACGAACCCCCUCAGGUGUAUGACCUUCCCCCACCCCCUACGCCUAAGCGAUUCAAAUCGGCCGAAGAUGGAGUUUCCUACAUCAACCACUUCGCAGAGGAUAACGGUUACGGCGUGACUACCGUGAGAUCCAAGAAGGACAAGCGUGGGACAGCCAAGGUGGCUGUCUAUCUCCAAUGCGACCGAAAUGCGCCUCGCUCCGUGCACCCAGUCCAUCGCCGCCGAGUCAUCAAGAGUCUCGAGAAGGAUAUUUCAAGCAAUUUCGAUCAAGGCUGCUAUCCGAGGCAGAUACUCAGUUCACUUCAGCAGCAUGGCCAUGAGCUUAUACAGGCGAAGGAUCUCUACAAUCUGAAAGAUCAGCUAAUUAUUGAUAUCCUUAAUGGCCGCCAGUCUAUUCAGGCCCUUCUUGAAGACCUUACCAACCAGGGAGAUUGGAUAUUCCGAUAUUGGCUUCGAGAAGAUGAUAAUAGCCUAUUCUGCCUGUUCGCUAUGUUCAAAACAAGCGUUGUACUACUGAAGGCUUCACCGUACGUUCUUUGGAUGGAUUGCACAUUCAAGACGAAUCGCUAUAAAAUGCCGCUUCUUGAUAUUGUGGGAACUUUAUGUGCCGGCCAGUCCUUCUACGCCGGCUUUGCAUUCAUGAGCAAUCAGCAAGAGCCAUCAUUUACAUUCGCCCUUCGCUGCCUUCUUGAGGUCUACGAGACUGAAACGAUUAGCAAAGGUUAUCCAUCAACUAUCUUUACCGAUAAAGACGAUGCCAAUAUUGCUGCAAUUCGCGAGGUCUUUCCAGAGACUGAUUUGAUGCUUUGUCUUUGGCAUAUUGCCUGCGACAUCAAGAAGUAUGCUCGCCCCCCUUAUUACACAGCAGCUCGCUUCCACUGA